GCUGCUUUAAGAGUACUAUUAGACUUUUGAUUUAAUGGGAAUAUUCUCACCUGUGUGUGCUUAGAAGAGGGAGAUGAGAUGUGAAUUGGCGAACAUGUGUGUGUGUGUUUGAAUGGGAGCCAGGAAAAGGGGAAGGGCCUCAAGUGAGCGGACAAAAACAGCUGCUCUUGUGUGCUUGGGAAACCUCAUCCAGAGAGAGCGACGGUGGAGAGACGGACCAGCAGGGUCCAGAUCUCUAUAUGGGUUGUGCCCUGAGUGCGGAUAGCUGUGGGGACGAGCCAGAUCCGGUACCCGUGAGAGGGUCUUUAAGGAGGGAGAGAGCAAAGUCCAGGGAAAACAUGAGGCUGACCAAGCAUUGAAAAAUGAGCUGCUGUUCAUGGAAAGAGAGACAGAGGCCUGACAUCCAGAGGAGAAUUCAGACGGGGAAGGGCGAGCCCCACGUCUUUAAAGAAAAGACCUUCAAAAAGAAGCGUCAGUGUGGGGUGUGCAGGCAGAACGUGGAGAAUUUGGGCUCUUUUUGUCGAGUCUGCAAAACAGCCACUCAUAAGAAAUGCGAAGCAAAGAUCAACACAUCCUGCAUCCCAGCGCAGCCCUCCGAACUGAUACCAGCAGGAUCUCUUUGCCUCUCAUUGCGAAGGGGAACGUCCUCCUCUAGACACAUUCAGCAUCUGGGCUCCACCAAGUCUCUGACCUACACCAAACAGAGAAACACUCUCCCGAGGAGCUUCAGUGUGGAUCGGGUGAUGGACAGAGUGAUGGAGAGGCACUAUGAUUUCGACCUCACAUACAUCACAGAGAGGAUCAUCUCCGUGUUUUUCCCUCCUCUGCUGGAAGAGCAGCGGUACCGCCUCAACCUCAGGGAGGUGGCAGCCAUGCUCAAGUCCAAACACCAGGACAAGUUUCUGUUAUUCAAUCUUUCUGAGCGGAGGCAUGACAUCACCCGUUUAAACCCAAAGGUUCAUGACUUCGGCUGGCCAGAUAUGCACGCUCCUCCUCUGGAUAAGAUCUGUGCCAUGUGCAAAGCCAUGGAGAACUGGCUGAACUCCGACCCCCAGCAUGUGGUCGUUCUGCACUGUAAGGGCAACAAAGGAAAGACGGGUGUUAUCAUUGCUGCCUACAUGCAUUACAGCAAAAUAUCAGCGGGGGCAGACCAGGCUCUCAGCACAUUGGCCAUGAGGAAGUUUUGUGAAGAUAAAGUCUCCUCCUCACUCCAACCCUCUCAAAACAGGUAUAUCUAUUACUUUGGAGGGCUGCUCUCAGGGGCCAUCAAAAUGAACAGUAGUCCACUCUUCCUCCAUCAGGUCCUCAUUCCUACCAUCCCCAACUUCCAGGAAGAUGGAGGUUUCUUCCCUUUCCUGAAGAUCUAUCAGUCCAUGCAGCUUGUCUACACUUCUGGCAUAUAUGACCUACAGGGGUCUGGGAGCAGACGGCUGAUUGUUACUAUUGAGCCUGCACUUCUGCUGAAAGGAGACAUCAUGGUAAAGUGUUAUCACAGACGGGUUCAGUCUGCUGAGAGGGACUCUGUGUUUCGACUGCAGUUUCAUACUUGCACCAUUCAUGGAGCUCAGCUCUGGUUUGGCAAAGGGGAACUGGAUGAAGCUUGUUCAGAUGACAGAUUUCCCUCUGAUGCCACAGUGGAAUUUGUGUUUUCAUCUGGGCCUGAGAAAAUAAAAGGGAGGGUAAGCCAGAGGAAUGAUCCAGCUGUCAGCGUGGACUAUAAUACAAAUGAUCCGGUGGUGCGCUGGGACUCUUAUGAGAACUUCAAUCAGAGACAUCAGGACAGCCUAGAGGAUAUCGCACACACACGUGGGCCUCUAGAUGGCAGCCUGUACGCUCAGGUAAAAAAGCGCCAAGCUGCAGGCUCCACCUCCUUGCCAUCCACCAAUGGGAGCCCUGCAAGGAGCUCUGAGGAGCGUCCAAGUCAACUUCUGUCUGUUAGCACUGAUUCUGGACAUUCUUCCGUCCCACCUGACCGGCUUGAUGAGACGACUCGACAGGCCCCGCCUACUCAGCAAGAGCGAGAGGAGCUUGAGCGCCUGCUGGGUGGGAUUGAAGGUGAUGGAGGGAGGGACCGUGACCGAGAAACAGCCAUUUUGGAUGAUGGUGAUUCCUUGCCUCCUGAAAGGACUGGGUCACUGAGGUUGGGACGUUCAUGCUCAUGUCGAGUAGGCUACCGAUCCCAGCGUUGUGCUGAGCCUGGAUGCGAUGGACUCCACCACAUAUCUAAUGGGUACUGCCUUGAUCGUCCCGCCACCACUAAUGGACACACAGGGGCUCCCUCUCCAGGGAUGCCAUCUGUCGUAGGGCUUUGCCAACAUCACAGUGCCCAUCCUCACCAACCUCUGCCACCACCAGAUCUGCUCUGGGACCGCCAACAAGGUCAACAGCACUACCUACAUCGCACUUGCUCUGACGGACCAUCACGCCACCUGUGUCCAUAUCCAUCCCAAGAGAUAAGUCCCCAUCCACAUAGUCUGUCUCCCAGACUGCUCUGUAGGGCGGACGAUUACAUUCCAUACCCCCACCAUCACCACAGUCAUCCACACCACCCAAAACCCGGCGGACCCUACCACGAUGUCAUGAUAAUAGAUGGCCUAGUGACACCUGGCUGCCCCUGUCGGGACUGCUGUCUGCGGCGAGAAGAUUUCCACACCCUCCGUUUGGACAGAGAGGAGGGAAUACACUGGGAGAGGGAGGCAGAGCUUCACAGGGAUACUGGGUUAAGACGGGGCAGAGAGGCUGAUAUGCAAAGAGGGGCAGAGAUAUGGGACCGGGAGGCAGGGUUAAGAAGGGGAAGAGAAGUAUCUCUGCACUGGGAAAGAGACCGAGAAGCAGAACUACAGUGGGAGAGAGAACGAGAGGCUGAAUACUGGCACAAAAGGGCUACCAUAGCCCCCUACGGGCCUCACAGUCAUGAACUACCAGCAUUUAACUUUGAUCCACUUCCCGCAGGCCAUCCUGCAUACCCUGAACCCUCCCGGUCCCACUCUCAUGCCCAUCUGGAUCUCAAAUACAGCAGCAGUUCCAGUGGAUACCAAACACCACACCAGACAUGCCCCUGCUCCCCCUACCAGCCGUCACCCUCAGAGAGUCGUGGCUAUGCCUCGGGUUACCAGUCUGAGUCCACAUCCCCUCUUCCCCCCCCCUCCGCCUCCUGCUCUGGCCCAGUGCACCAUGCCAGCGGACCUACAGAUAACCACCCUCAGCAGUACACCUCUGAUACAAAUACAGAUAGCAUAGGCUGGCGUAGUCACAUUACCCAUGGUUCCCUGCGGCGGACACAUCGAGAUCCGCAUGUCCCAUGUUCAACACCCUCGGAUAUUUCAGGACCUCCAACACCAGUCCACACAAGCAGCCCCUUGCGAACCCAGGAGAGUCCUAGCCUGAGUAUCCGUGAGUCAAGAGAAGUGAACAGCGAAAGCAGUUCAGCCCACUCCCACAACAGGACACACCCACCUGGCCCACAGUCCACCAGUACCAGUCUGGGGUCUCGGCAAACUGUACUUUCUUCCAGUCAAGAGAUUCCUGAGAUAGACCCCUUUCCUGCCACACCCACCACUGCCCAACAACUCUCUGCACAUUCCUCACCAACGACACCUUCCACCCCUCAAAUCUUAGCAGAACACUCCACCCCUUUAACCCCUUCAUCAGAAUCCACCCACUCACAAACAAACAGCUCACCUACUGCUGCUAAAGUGCCACCCACAGGGGAAAUGGUACCACAGUCAACUGAGACUGUUAAACCAGCAUGCUCACCAGUUCCCUCUUCUCCUAUCCCGUCCAUCCAAGAUCAUUCGCAGAGCAAUGGAGUAUCACCAUCUCCUGAACCAGACACCCCCUCUUCUACCCCUGCAUCCCCUCAGCCACCCACUGGCGAACACGAGAGCUCUUCUUCCCCUGAACCCCCAGUGCCUGGCUUCGCGACACUGGGUAGGAAGUUGAUGUUGGGCUCUGGAAUUUCACUUCCUGCAGGACACAGUAUGGACGGCAGCCCCAGCUCCACUCCUACCUUUCCCAACUCUCCAGCCUGCUGCACCCCAUCUCCUCCACCAGGCUCCUACUCAGGGAGCCUAGCCAUCUCUGUGCCACAGCCUCCCCUCCCUGAGAAACGCCGCCCAUCCGGCCUGCCAGGAUCGCCAAAUGGGAGGUCUGGAACGCUGAGGGCAUCCAUGAGUCAUCAGCCCUCUGGUCAACACCACGUUACAUUCUCACCUUCAGUAGGAGAACUAACUGUGCCCACUGAACAGGGAGAAGUUGGUGUGGAGGGUGAGAUGGGCAGCCAAGUCAGUGUGAAAUUUGUGCAGGACAGCUCUCGAUUUUGGUAUAAACCUGGCAUCUCCAGAGAGCAAGCUAUAGCUGCACUGAAAGAACGAGAGCCAGGGGCUUUCCUCAUCCGAGACAGUAACUCUUUCCAGGGGGCCUACGGUCUGGCCCUGAAAGUUGCGAGCCCACCCCCCAACGUCAAUAACCACAGCAGCAAAGGAGACCCUCUGGAACAACUGGUUCGACACUUCCUGAUUGAGACAGGGCCUCGAGGAGUGAAGAUUAAGGGCUGUCAAAAUGAACCCUACUUUGGGAGUCUUUCAGCACUGGUGUAUCAGCAUUCGAUUACACCUAUCUCUCUGCCCUGUGCUCUCCGCAUCCCAGAGAAAGACCCAAUAGGUGAAGUCGUGGAGGUUCAGCCAGUCAGUAACAUGAGUACAGCUGCAGACCUUCUGAAACAGGGAGCAGGUGAGUGUGAACCAGCACGUCUGUCCUCAUGUGUUACGUCUAACUGUAACGUCUAUAACCUCUUAUGUUUUUCCUCAGCCUGUAAUGUGCUGUACCUGAACUCCGUUGAGACCGAGUCUCUCACGGGACCCCAGGCUAUCGCUAAGGCCACAGGGGCAUCAAUGUCACGCAGCCCUCGGCCCUCUGCGACAGUGGUCCACUUUAAAGUGUCAGCCCAGGGCAUUACACUGACAGACAGUCAGCGCAGGAUGUUUUUCAGGAGACAUUAUCCAAUCAACAGCGUGACUUUCAGCAGUGUGGACCCACAAGACAGGAGGUGGACUAACUCAGACAGCACGACCUCUAAAGUGUUUGGUUUUGUUGCCAAGAAGCCCGGAAGCGUGGCGGAGAAUGUGUGCCAUCUUUUUGCAGAGCUAGAUCCCGAACAGCCCGCGACUGCCAUCGUCAACUUCAUUAACAAAGUAAUGCUGGCUCCACAGAGACGCUAGGGCCCCGGGGUCGAGGAGGAUGGUUUAUCUUCAUGUACACUGCCGCACACCACAAGACUGUAAUGUUGCACCUUCUGUCAAGUUUAAGACUUUUUCGCCAAAAAAAAAAAGACAAGGGCUUUACUGUUGACUAACAUGAUGCCAAAAUACAUUAUAAACCAAAAUAUACUACAGAAUGUAACCAAAUUAAAAGCCAGCAGUCUGUUGUGGUUUUGCCUUUGUAGAGCUGUCUUAGUGCUCAUAGGAUUGUAAAUGACUCAUAAUACAAUCACUAAGAUAAGGGUUUUCAAAAAUAUAAAGCACUGUUAUUGACCCAUGAAUACACGUGUAUGUAUAUAUAUAUAUAUAUAUGUACUCAAAACUUCUGUAUUGCACAGAUAACAGUCUCUGCAGUAUGACAAUCAUCAGUUUAGAAAUACUGAUGUCAAUUUGGUUUUUGAGUUUUGACACACUAAAUUAUGGUUUCAUUUUUUUUAUUUUAUUUAAAAGCCAAAUUUCAGUGUGGUUUUUGUCCUUUUAACUGGAAAGGAGGUGCCAUGGUUUCUAUUGGAAACUUAUUUCAUCCACAAUAACAAUUAUUUGUGAGUAAAGGUAAUUGCGACUUAUCUCACAAUUCUAACUUUUUUUCUUGAAAUUUUAAGCUUCUAUCUUGUAUAUUCUGACCUUUUCUUAUAAUUAUGUUAUCUCACAAUUCUGCAUUUGUAUCUCACAAUUCUGAGUUUAUAUCUUGUAAUUCUGACAUGUUCUUGUGAUAUUGCAUUUAUAUCUCACAACUCUGAGUUCAUAUCUUGUAAUUCUGAAAUUUUCUUGUUAUCCUGUUUAUAUCACAAUUCUGAGUUAACAUCUCACUAUUCUGAGUUUUGUCUUGUAAUUAGUUUCUAUCUUGUAAAUUCGGACUUUUUUCUUGUAAUUAUGUUCAUAUUUUACAGUUCGGCUUUUAUAUAUCACAAUUCUGAGUUUCUGUCUUGUAAUUCUGUUUAUAUCUCACAAUUCUGAGUUUCUGUCUUGUAAUUCUGUUUAUAUCUCACAAUUCUGAGUUUCUGUCUUGUAAUUCUGUCUUUUUUCUUGUAAUUCUGUUUAUAUCUCACAAUUCUGAGUAUCUAUCUUGUAAAUUCUGACUUUUUUCUUGUAAUUAUGUUUAUAUCUUACAGUUCAGUUUUUAUAAAUCACAAUUCAGAAUUUCUGUCUUGUAAUUCUGACUUUUUUCUUGUAAUUCUGUUUAUAUCUCACAAUUCUGAGUUUCUGUCUUGUAAUUCUGUUUAUAUCUCACAAUUCUGAGUUUCUGUCUUGUAAUUCUGUCUUUUUUCUUGUAAUUCUGUUUAUAUGUCACAAUUCUGAGUUUCUAUCUUGUAAAUUCUGACUUUUUUCUUGUAAUUAUGUUUAUAUCUUACAGUUCAGUUUUUAUAAAUCACAAUUCAGAAUUUCUGUCUUGUAAUUCUGACUUUUUUCUUGUAAUUCUGUUUAUAUCUCACAAUUCUGAGUUUCUAUUUUGUAAUUGUCAUUUUCUCGUAAUUUGGUUUCUAUCUCACAAUUUUGAGUUUCUAUCUUGUAAAUUCAGAUUUUUCUUGUAAUUGUUUAUAUCUCACAAUUCUGUCUUGUAAUUCUGAUUUUUUUUCUCAUAACUCUGAGUUUAUAUCUCAGAAUUCUGCAUUUAUAUCUCACAAUCCUGAGUUUCUGUCUUGUAAUUCUGAAAUUUUUCUUUCUGAGUUUACAUCUUGAGAUUCUGACUUUAUUUCUCAGAAUUGAGAGAAAAAGUCCAAAUUGUGUGAAGAACGUACCUUUGUUUUCAAUCCUUUGGUGGAACAAGUUUCCAUAGUUUCUUAUUCUGGCCCGGUGUCUGCGAAUGAUAGGGAAAGUUAUGGAGCGUUUGAGAUGGAGAAACAGAUGGAGGACCAGACAUGGCGUAGUAGUGACGCUGAGCAGCUGUUGUGCUCUGCUGGAGUUCCAGUAUUAGGAAGAUUUAAAUGUCAUGUAGGAUGAUGUCAUAAUGGAAGGCUGAUGGUCAUGUGAUAAUUACCCAGAGAGAAUUUGGUAAAAUUUUAAAUAGGAAGGAACUUUGUUUUUCCCCAUUUGUUGUCUAUUUCAUGCACUGUUCAUAAAUUGAAUUUAAAAUAAGGCAAACAGUGGUUCAUAACAAUCCACAUCAUAUACCGUACAACCCAUAGCUUUGUCAACUGACCGUCACGCAUCAUGCUGUAUCAUUGCCUACCAUAUUGUGUAGUAGAACAUUAUAUUGGAAUGUAACCAGUCUUUAAACUGAUUGGACAGGUGGACGUUUCCACCUUCAUGAUUUAACGAUCUCCAGAAGCUGUUUAUAACCAAAGACGUGGCCAUGUACUCAAUCAGUUACUUUAAGCUGUGCCAUUUAUUUUACCUAGCUUUAUCAAGUUAUUUCUGUUUUUGACAGAUAGUAGGACACGUCUAUGACUUUAAUAUAUUGUAUUCUGUAUUUUCUUAUUGAUCUUUUUAUGUAGUAAUAUAUUUUCACACAUGCAGCUGACUUGGAAAGUUAAAAAAGACUACAUGGAAGGAUUUUGAUAAGAAAAGUUUUUUUUAUUAUUACCAUGUUAUUUUUCCAGUAUAUGCACAAGUGAAGAAUAUAAUAAAUGUAAAGUCAUGGUACCAAA